AUGUCCCAGACCGACGACAGCAAUGGUACCACGAGAGAUCUCAGAAGACAGCCAUCGUCACGCAGCAUAUUCUCGGUCCCGACUCCAAUAAAGCAGUUGUUCGACCAAUUCCCACUCGUCACGUAUCCCGCCAACGAUUUUCCACAACGCGCUCCCCAGCAUCACAAUGCUCACGUGCUUUAUGUCUUCACCACGGAUGAAGGAGCAAUACGAGGAGCACCUUCGCACAACCCAGCGUGCUUGAAGUGGCAGGUAUACCUUAAGUUCUCCAGGAUACCUUUCCAAGUCGCAUCCGCAAACAACCAUGCUUCUCCCAGCGGCUCAUUACCUUUCGUGAUUCCAUCAUCUUCGGAUCCCUACAAGCGAUCCCAACCUGUUCCUUCCAGCAAGCUGCAACGAUGGGCCAUGAACAACAGCGAGAGGGCAAUAGAAGAGCCCGGAGACCCGCGAUACGAAGCAUAUCUAAGUUUACUAGACCAUCGUAUACGGAGAGCUUGGCUCUACACCAUCUAUCUCUCCCCGAACUUCACCACCAUCGCCGAACCCCUCUACAUCCUUCCGAGCUCCCGCAAUUCCUUUGUACGCCUCGCCAUAUCCCGCGAACUGCGUCUGGCAGCCGAGACCGAGCUCCUCAAGUUCUCAAGCAUCAUCAACGACGAGACGCUUUAUAACCAGGCAGACGAAGCAUUUGCUACGCUCGAGGCUUUGUUAGGCAAAGACGACUGGUUCUUUGGUGCGCAGAGACCGGGUUUGUUCGAUGCUAGUGUCUUUGCGUACACGCAUCUGCUAUUGGAUCAGAGAUUGGGCAAGGACUGGGUGGACACGCGUUUGCGUGACGCGCUAAUGGCGCGCAGACACCUAGUCACGCAUCGAAACCGCGUACUGGCUAGAUAUUUCGAAGAAGCAUCUUGA